AUGUCCGCUAUUUAUCAAGAGAUAAAACGUCUCACUCAAGAGCUACCUAAAGAAAAUUUUACUAAAAUAAUUGCUCACAUCAGCAAGGAUGUUAAUCUAACAAAUCAGAUAAAUGAUGCCCUGGCUCUCUUUGAUACGGAUGAAGAGAAACAUAAGUACUUGGUAAAUUUUUUGGAAUCUUUGAGAGCUGGUCCCAAACUGACUGCUGAGAAUGUCAAGAAUAUUUUGAACUCUUACAUUCAGCCUCCAGAUGAUCCACUUCGCCAAUCUCUUGCAAACUAUCUUAAUAUCCCUGAUGAUGUAUCCGACAUUUCAUCUCACUUAAU